GAUCGAUCCAUCUGGACGACAGCAUCCACGGCACCGACUCCACAGCGCCCGCACCAUCGAGAUCAUCGACCGGAUCCACACCAUCCGCUCGUCAACGAGUCCGCUAGCCCAAGCCGUGCCGUCCCCCUGUGUUCUGAGCAAUGGUUGCCGAUCCCGACCCCACCCCGACCGAGAAUGCGUUCCAGGACAGCGACACCCAACCCAUUCCAAUCGAUGGCAGCAUGAUGGAGGGCGGUGGUCAAAUUUUGAGAUACACAACCGCUCUCAGCUGCUUGCUUCGAAAGCCCAUCCAUGUCACAAAUAUUCGAGCAAACCGCAGCAAGCCAGGACUAAGGCCCCAACACCUGGCAGGAAUCCUCAUGCUCAGGGACCUGUCCGAGGCCGAUCUGACAGGCGGGAAGGUGGAUUCCCAGGAAAUCAGCUUCCGGCCGUCCCGCCUGAAGUCUGGGGUCUACAGCGUCGAUAUCGGAACAGCCGGUUCCAUCAGUCUCCUGAUCCAGAUUGCCUUGCCGUGUCUCCUCUUUGGUGGUGGGGAAAGCACCAUCUCAAUGACUGGUGGAACGAAUGCUCCUCUGGCGCCGCAGAUUGACGAGUUCGAGACGGUAUUCCUGCCCGUGGUCACCAAGCAUUUUGGCUUCACAGCAAGCAUCUCCGUGCUGUCUCGAGGAUACAUGCCCGUUGGCGGUGGACAAGUCAACCUGAAAGUGCAUCCCGUCGGCAACAAGGGACUGACUCCGAUGGUUCUCACCGACCGAGGCAAAGUCGUGCGUGUGCAUGGACGGGUCUUUGUCGCUGGCGUGCUGCCCAUGCAGAUCGCCAAGGACAUCCGAAGUGGCAUCCUGAGCGUACUGCAGCCGUAUCUAUCCGACAAGGUGGUGCUGAACAUCGAGCUGACCCAAGACACGACCGCUCGCAGGGGCGGAAAUGCCAGUGGCGCCAUUCUUUGGGCCGUAACUGACACAGGAUGCAUCCUGGGCUCGUCGACCCUGGGUGAAAAACGGACCAAGCCCAAGCGCAGUGGCGUGAUGGUGGCCGAGAGCCUGAUCAAGCAGCUCGAGUUUGGCGGAUGCGUUGAUGAGCACGUCCAGGACCAAAUCAUCAUCUUCAUGGCGCUGGCUGCCGGCACAUCGCAUGUCGUCACAGGCCCGCUGACAAGCCAUACCGAGACCGCCAUCAAAGUGAUGAGUGACCUCUCCGAGGCCCGCUUUGAGACUUCCGCCCUGGACGACGGUCGGGUCGAGAUUGUGUGCCGCGGAAUCGGGCUCGGAUGUCCUCCUCGAGACUAUUGAGGCGGCGCAUUGCAGCGGCAGCAUUGAUGUGCUGUUCGCCUGGAUGCAACAAGUGCCGUUUUUGGUGUCGAUAGCCACUCUGUUUUGGGAUCAUGAAUACAUCCACUCUCUUCAUUCCAGUGCCGCCGGG